CCUUCCCAGUCCCUGAUGUGCACAAUAGCAAAAGAGCUGGGUAAACAGAGGGCUGGCAAAGUGCCCGUGCUCCCCGGAGAAACACCACUGCUGUCACAGGAGUGUAGGUGGUAUGAUCCUGUUUUCCCUACACAAAAUGGAAAGGUUGCUAUAGUGACUGGAGGAACUGAAGGAAUUGGUUACCAAACUGUGAAGCAUUUGGCAAGACUUGGCAUGCAUGUGAUAAUAGCUGGAAACAGUGAAAGCGCGGGCCAAAAAGCAGUGAGGAAAAUAAAAGAAGAAACUUUGACUGGAAAAGUGGAGUUUUUAUACUGUGAUUUGGCUUCCAUGAAGUCUAUACGGCAAUUUGUGCAGCGGUUUAGAGCAAAGAAUUGUCCACUCCAUGUCCUGGUGAAUAAUGCUGGGGUGAUGCUGGUCCCUGAAAGGAAGACGGAGGAUGGGUUUGAGGAGCACUUCGGCUUGAACUACUUGGGACACUUCCUGUUGACUAACCUCCUGUUGGAUAUGCUGAAGCAAUCAGGAACGCACAGUCACAACGCUAGGAUCAUCACUGUCUCAUCAGCCACCCAUUAUGUAGGCGAAUUGCACCUAAACGACUUACAAAGCAGAUGUUCGUAUUCACCCCAUGGAGCCUAUGCCCAAAGCAAACUUGCCCUUGUGUUAUUUACCUAUCGACUACAGCAUCUUCUGACUGCAAAUGGAAGCCAUGUGACUGCUAAUGUAGUAGACCCUGGAGUAGUGAAUACUGAGCUCUACAAGCAUGUUUUUUGGGUUGUGAAAGUGGUCAAAUGGAUGACAGCCUGGCUGUGUUUCAAGACUCCAGAGGAAGGAGCCUCUACAACCAUCUAUGCAGCAGUAUCGCCUGAGAUGGAAGGAGCUGGUGGCUGCUACAUUUACAAUGAGGAAAGGACAAAAUCGGCUGACAUAGCAUAUGAUGAGGAGCUGCAGAGAAGGCUCUGGACAGAAAGCUGCAAGAUGGUUGGGAUUUCUGAUGAAACCAGCAGACUUCACUAGAAGAAGCCACUUUCAGCUGGGUAAAUGAAAUGCAUUGAAAAGCAUCUUAGGUGAAUCCUUGAAGCAUCAGUCAUCAUCCUGGAAAUCACUGUUCCGUCCCAAAGGCAAACGUGAACAGCUCUGUUCUUCACUUGAACCCCAAGUCUGCUAGGGUGUGGGGGGAGUAUUCCCACAGAAAGAUGUAGUGGUUGGUUUUAAAUCUAACCAUCAGUUUUGUAAAUCAUGAUGUUUCAGUCCGUGAUUAAAAUACAGUCUUUAAC